AUGGAAUUGUUUAGGCAAAUGGUUGUUGUUGGUUGUAGGGCUGAUGUGAUCACUUGCAACACUUUGAUUGGUGGAUUGUGUAAAGCAGGGAAGAUAAGUAUUGCCAUUAAGUUGCUUGAAGAGAUGGUUAAUGGGAAUAAAGAAUCCGGUGUUAUUUGUAGGCCAGAUGUUGUUGCUUAUAGAACUAUAAUUGGUGGUCUUUGCAAGGCUGGAUUGGUUGAGAAGGCUAGACAAUUAUUUUUGGAACAUAUGAUUCAGAUGGGUGUGGUUCCUGACAUUUAUACCUAUAGCGUUUUAAUGAACAGUUAUUGCUUGGCCGAUAGAAUUGCUAAGGUGAAAGAUGCCCGGAAUUUAGUUAGUGAGAUGCGACUUAACGAUGCUUUUCCUGAUUCUUGGACAUAUAGCAUUUUCAUUAAUGGACUUUGCAAGAAUGGAUGUGUUUUGGAAACGGUGCAAAUGUUUAAUGCUCUAAAUCCUGCAAAAGUUCAUCUAGCUGCCCAAAUGCUCUAUAUUGGUUACGGGAUGGUGAUGGGGAUGACUGAGAAUGAUAGCGUUCCUGAUCAGACAUACGAUGCGUGA